AUCCUAGUUUGAAUUUGUUUUAGAGUGACAAAAUUAAGAUGCAAAUCAUCUAUCUAUCCUCUCGAGUAUUUUUGUGAUAAUGAUUAAUGCGGGUCGAGUCACUUGAUUGAUAAGGUACUCUUUCAGUCUUAACAAGUAAAAGGGAGAGAAAGUGUUCGAUGCCAAGUGCGAACUUCGAACAGAAAAGAGAAAAAUAAAUUCUUUAUCGGUGAACGGAAAUAGUCGAUAGUGUUUUGUUACCUUUUGCUCACCUGCGAUUAUGGCAUUAAAAUGAUAAGGAGUCAGCUUAAUUACUACCAGUUAUGUUUGAAGAUAGAGACAGCCCGGUGAAAACAAAUGGCGUAAGUGAUGUUUUCAAGGAUAGUACAGAAUUAAAAGAUACUGUUUAUGAUUUUAUAAGAACUAUAAAAGAUCCAGAGAAACCCAAUACACUGGAAGAACUUAAUGUAGUGUAUGAGGAGGGAAUACAAGUUAGGCAACCCACUUCUGGAAAAAUUAAUGUAGUGAGGGUGGAGUUCAACCCCACUGUACCUCACUGUUCCUUAGCUACAUUGAUAGGUUUAUGUAUUCGGAUAAAAUUGGAACGUAAUAUGCCAUGUCCCAUCAAAUUAGAUAUAUUUAUUAAAGAUGGAGCACAUACGACUGAACAUGAAAUUAAUAAACAAAUUAAUGACAAGGAACGGAUAGCCGCUGCUAUGGAAAAUCCAAAUUUAAAGAAAAUGGUUGAAAAUUGUAUUUUAGAGGAAGACUGAUUACAUCCUGUGUAGGAUAACGAUUGGUUAAUUUAUGCUGAUUGUUUUAUUGUCUUAUAUAUUUUCUAUAAUAAAUUUUAUUUAAAUAUGUAAACCUA